AUGGGUGUCGCGGGCGAGUAUGUGGGCGCCAUCAUCGGCUAUGCCGGGAGGACCAUACGUGAGAUCGAACGGGUUAUGGGCGUGCAAAUCAAUAUCUCUAAGGGGGAGCUCAAAGCUAGGACGAGCGAGAGGGAGGUGGUGAUCAGUGGGACACGGGAGGCGGUCGAUGCGGCGGAGGUGAUGAUCGUGCAGCGGGUCUCGGACGCCGCAAAUAGUCACUGCCGGUAG